GUAUGAAGCCGGUAAUAAUUCUUGUGUUUUCGUGUGUUGUGUUUGUUUGUGGUACGGAACAUCACGGUGAUUCGCACAGUCAUGUCAACCAGCAUCACACCAUAGUCCUUACCAAGGAAGUCAAGGUACCUUAUCCGGUCAAGGUCGAGAAGACAGUACCUUACCCUGUCCACGUCCACUACGACAGGCCCGUACCUUACCACGUACCAAAACCGGUGCCAUACGAAGUAGAGAAGAAAGUCCCAGUCCCGGUCAAAGUGUACGUUCCUCAACCUUACCCGGUCGAGAAGAAGGUCCACGUGCCCGUUAAAGUCGAAGUACCCCGUCCGGUACCGUACCACGUCGAAAAACCCGUGCCCUACAAAGUAGAGAAAGAAGUACGCGUCCCUGUUUAUAAAAAUGUCCCAGUGCCGGUCAAAGUCUACUACGACGUGCCGAAACCUUAUCACGUGCCUGUAACCGUCGAGAAGAAAGUACCUUACUACGUCGAGAAGAAAGUACCGGUUGAGGUCAAAGUCCCAGUGGAAAAGCCGUACGAAGUCGUCGUCCAUAAGCCUUACAAAGUCUUCGUCGAGAAACCUUAUCCAGUCACCGUCGAGAAAAAAGUCCCCGUCUAUGUCAAAGUACCGGAAUACUACAAAGUCUACAAACCUGUACAUGUCGAAUCUCACGAAGAAGAACAUAAAGAACACAAAGGGUACGGUGAACAUUUCUCCUACCACUAUUGAAAACUUCGAAUUAUGUAACUAACUGCCUGUAAAGAUGUAAAUUUUAAAUAAAUUAUUUUUUUAU